AUGCCUUUCACAGUCGAAAAGUGCACCGAAGCAGAUCUCCCGCGGUUCUUCGAAAUUGUCUCCCUUGCCUUCCGUCAUGACCAUGAAUACAUCGACUCGGUGUUCCCUGACCAUGAUACCCCUGCUGGUCGAGAGGCCGGUGCUGAGCGUAUGCUCGCCACCAUGAAAGCAGACAUUAAUGCUAUCUUCUUGAAAGUGGUCAACGAUGAGAGGAAGAUCAUCGCAGCCGCUAAGUGGAACAUCUACGAUGGUGUUGUGCCCCCUAAGCCAGAACUGACAGGUGAUUACUGGAAAGACGGCGAUGAGAAGGAGUUCGCAAAACACAUGUUUGAUGGCUACCUUGUACCAAGGUGCCAGGACAUCAAGGAUUCUAGAGGAAAUCUUGCUACUUUGGACAUGCUCAUUGUGGAUCCGUAUUAUCAGCGUCAAGGUGCUGGCAGGAUGCUAGUGCAGUGGGGGACGGCUGUUGCAGACAGGCUUGGUGUUGAAGCGGUCGUCGAAGCUGGUGAUUAUGGCCGAGGACUCUAUGCUCAGGAGGGAUUUGAGGUUCUCGACAAAUAUGAGGUUCCCGUUCCAGAAAAGUGGGCUGCGCGAAGAAAGCAGUGGUUCUGGUGGAUGAAACGUCCAGCUCUAGCUCCCGCACCAAAGAACUAG